AUGGAUAUUUGCAUUAGCCAUCUUUACAAUAGACAAAUAAGAAAGAAUAUAUUACAGGAUGUUUUUUACAAAUUAGAGAAUUACGACAAUGAAGAAUUUUUAUGCUUCGACGUAAACUCAAGUGGGAGUGUUCUUGUGGCCGCGUCCAAGACGUCUCUUUACUUUUUUCACGUUUUAACGGGCACCUUACUACUGCAGCAUUGUUAUUACGAUGAAAAUGAAAAGGAGGAUUAUGUGAAGCGGGAAAUUUUCGAGGAGGGGAAAAUACAUGCCAGUACGUGCAGUGGGGUGAAUGAUAAGGGGAGCAACGCAAGUGUAAAACAGGAGGGGAAUGAAUGUAACAAUGGGGAGGAGAUCCAGAAUGUGAAUAGUACGAGCGGAAACAUUACAAAGAACGACAACAUCAGCAGCAACGAGGUUGGAAGUGCAAGCGGAAUUGGUAACCUGGACGAUGGUGAGCGGGCCAGCCAUAUUGACAAAGCUAAUAAAGUUGAUCAAGCCAACUGUGUUGAUCAUGCCGAAUAUGUUGACCCCGUGGCCGUGUGUUACGACCUGGGGGAGGCGAAAGACAGACAAAGCCCCAACUGUGACGAAGAUCUGAAGAGCACGAAAGAGGAAGAGGAAUGUUGGGCGACCCCAAAUGCAGAAAUUCCAAAUGGAAACGACUUUCCCGAGAAUUUGCAGACACAAAAUGAUUCCAUCUGUUGCGAAGACUCCGUAAAAUCAAAUAAGAGGAAGCUGUCUUCACCAAAGGGACAAAAGUCGAAGAAAGUGAAAAAAAGUUCGAAAAAAUCUCCGAGAAAUCAGAGCAAAAGUGGAGAAAACACAACCAAUUCGAGAAGCAAACAUAACGAAAGCAACAGUAGGAAAAGUGCAGACGAUAAAUUUGAAGAUGAAAAAGCACAUAUAAAGAAAAUACAAUUUAUAAAAAAUGACAAGUAUCUACUAUGCGUAUCGAAGAGGUACUUGUACAUUUUUAAAAUCUGUGAAUUUCCUAUCAGAAGAAUAGUGUACAUCGAUUUGUUGUAUCUUUGCAUAGGAAUAGAGACGGUCAUUUCGAAGAAGCUCUUUUUUCCUUGCUUCUUUUCUGAGUAUUUUUAUCUUCUUUAUAAGGGAAAUGAAUAUAAACAAAGGGGAGAGGGGAAUCUCCUUAACAGUAGUAGUUUAAGUAACGAUUUUUUGCGGCCCAUUGGGUCCAAUUCUGACGUGUCUAUAAAUAAAAGCGAGGAAAUCUCUGAAUGCAGUAAAAAUUGUGAAGAGAUGGAAUCGCCCCCCUUUAGGGGUUACAAAGACGAAGCAACACGAGCGAAGGGUCAUUUAAGUCUUUUCAAAGAUUAUUAUAAAUUAUACACAAGUUUGAACUCUAGCAAAAUUAGAAACUUUGAAAUAUGGGAUGUGAGGUGCGUGGAGUUUAAGAAGAAGAGGCGCUCCUCUGGGGACAAAGGGGGGAACAUCUACGUCCUAGAUCUUGUCUUGUGUUUGAAGGAGCAAAUUCCGUACGUAUCUAGGGUGUACGUGGAAGAGAUGGCUGAUCCUAGUGGCCAAUGCGCGCCUUCCAUGCGUGAGGUUCAUCCCCUUGGUCCAUGUGCAGACUACAUGAACGACUUCAUCGUCGACGUUAAUGAGACGCUUCCCCUCAUCUCGUACGAACAGAUGAACUUGACAUUUGAGGAAAUAGCCAGAGAGAGCAGCUUGCAUAUGAGGAAAGACAAACGUAGUUCGAAGAGUAAAUCGAAGAAUAAGAAAAAACCUGUGAAGGAGGCUGUCUCGAAAAAUAUAGUCUAUAACCAGGUCAAUGAUGUGAGUAAGAUGGAGUGCUCCGCGGGGACGCUAGGGGAGGCAAUCCUUAGCGAAGCGGUGGCUGAGGGGGGAGGUGCUAUAGAACUGCUUAAUGCAGUGAAUACCCAAACGCCCAGUGGAUUUCCUAGCGCAGCGCCGAGCGAAGUUACUAUAGGGAAUGCCAAAAUGGUAGACCCUGCGGGGAGCUACAUCAUCAACAGUAACCCGCCCACCAGUGGGACCAAUAAAGAGGGCGCAAACGUCUCUGAAGUGAAUAACGAAGAAGUCAUGGAGUUGAUGAAAUUUUUCGAAAAUUAUGAAAAUAGUCGGAAUAUUUUAAAAAAAGUGCUAAGUGGAUAUUUCCCCAUUUGUGUGUACAAAAAAAGGAGCAAGAGGAGAUCCAAGGAAUUAGCAACCACGUUGAACAUAUACGACAAUUUGGAUGCCCUUCUGAAGGGAGAAACUUUAAGGGGUAACAUAUCGGGAGAGGAAAACGAGGAAAUUUUCAAAAAAGAAAAUGAUUACUACCUUUUUGACUACUCCGGGAGGAAAGAAACGGACUACUUUAAUUUUCCUCAGAGUUUGCUAAAAAGUGAGAACAAAUUGAAAAAUGUGAAUAAGCAUAGAAGCAUAGACAAGAACAAGCACUACAUAUAUGUGGGAACCCCGUCGUAUGUCCUUGCAUUUGAAAUGAACUACGUGAAAAAGGGUGCCACCGAGGAGGAAGAGGGAAACAAGGAAGCUGAAUCACUAAAAAGGAAUAACAUAGUAUAUUCCAAAAUUGAGUAUAUGUCGGAUGAAAUUUGCAAGAUGUCCGAUAAUUACUUGAGGAAUAUACAGGACAGAAACCUUUUUGGCGAAAAAAUAGAGUUAAAUUUUCUGUUUAAAAUACACCUGGGGAUAACAGCCCCGCUGGAUAUUACCGUAAGGGAAAAGGGGAACCUGCUCAGUGUGAGGACAUCGGAAAAGGUGUUCCUGUACAAGGUUACUUACAAGUAUAGUGUGGACUGCAUGGGGGGGUUUUCCCAUUCGAAUCGGAUAUCCGUAUCGGAUGAGGGGAAUUCCCUGCAGCAGUGCACAAGGGAAGGAGCGACGGCCCAGUUGGAAAAUAACAUUACUACCGGUACAGGGGAAAACAAGAGUUUACCAACGCACGGGGGAAAACACGAUCAUCUGUACAGCUACAUCGAUCGGAUAUGCCUGUAUCACACAAUUCAUAAUCCAAUUCAGAAGGAAGUGUACGAGUUGUGCUGCUUCAGUGAAGACAUUUACCAAUCUUACCUGCUUGUUGUAUCGCUAAAGUCUGGGCAGUACACACUAUACAUUUACGAUUUGAAACACAUGGAUUUACAGAAUGUAGUGAAGGUAAACAUUUCUACAUACAAAGGAUUCAAACAGAUAAGGUGGAUAAAAUGUUAUGACAUGCUAGUGGCCCUUACCACUGUAGGGAAUUACCUACUAGUAUUAAAGAACAAACACCUAAAUAAUUGGAGCUUCUUCAUCUCCGACUUUGAAUUGAUAGGAUCAAACAUUGAGGUCAUCGAGGAAGAAAACGAAUUUGACUUAAUAGAAAAUAUUCAACCGAAACAUAAAAAUAUAGAUGAUCCUAUUUGGAAGUAUUUUAUUAUUUACAUAAAUUUAUUUAUAAAGAAUAAAAUUAGUAUCCAGAAUUUAAGCCACCCUUCGUCCCUCUUUCCAAUACUGUAUACAGGGUAUUAUAGAAACCCCCCCAUGUAUUUUUUUUACAACUCCUCUUAUCAUUUUGGUAAAGAGAAUUUCCUCUGUUACGAGGUGGAUAAGUCUGCAGAGCGGGGGUCGCAGGAAGUGGGGGAAUGGACAAGGAGGAAAAAAAAAAAAAUGGAGGAAAAGGGAAAGCCUUCAUUUUCACAAAUAAGGGAAAAUCUGGAUCAUUAUGUGGGUUCACCAUUGGAAGAACCCGACGAGGAGCCCCAGAACAAUUUGCUCGUUAGGGACAACUCGAACGGCGUGGAGUUGCUGGCCCCUGAAAUGGUUUAUUACGUAUACUACAAAAAUAUAGUCAAUUUUUCAUUGUAG